AUGUUCUCGGUGACCAUCGAUCAAUCCAGUAAUAUUCUCCAGUUGAAAACUGUUAUUUAUAAUGAAGGCUUCGUAACAUCAAUCAAUGAGCAAAAACUUCUCUUUCUCGGCGUUGAACUUGAUGAUGAUCUGACUAUUAGACAAUGUCGAUUAAACAAUAGUUCAUUAAUACUUCUGCUAAUUCAAAAAACGGAAAACUUAGCUGUUAGUUCAGAUCAUGAUCAAUAUGAUAGAUUUGCUCGUAAGCGCAAAAGUAUUUGGGAAGCUCGUCUCGGAUUUGAUGAUGCUGGCGAGAGGGUUGACGAAGACGAUGACAAUGAUGGUGAUUGUGAUAAUGAUGACGAAGAUGAAGAUGGUGACAGUGAUGAUGAAGAUGAAGAUGAUGACAGUGGCGAUGAUAAUGUUGACAGUGAUGAUAAUCAACAUCUUCAUUGUGAGAGCAAUGCUCAUUCAAAUAAUCAAUCUUGCACAGACUCUUAUUUAUACAGAAAUGACGAGAGUGACGAGGACGAAUUUAUAACUAGCCUCGUUUUUUAUUAUCCCGAUUUGAAAUAA